ACAGCUUAUUAAUUUUACGAUAAGAUGAUGAUUUCCCGUUUCUUCUUCCUAUUUUCUCUCAUUAUCACCAGUUCCUAUGCUGCUAUGCAAGACUUCUGUGUUGCAGACUACGCAGCUCCUCAAAGCCCUGCAGGGUACGCUUGCAAAGAUCCUACAAAGGUUACGGUAGAUGAUUUCGUGUUCUCUGGCCUAAGAGUUGCUGGUAACAUCUCAAGUAUAAACAAAGUCCGGUUCUCUUCUGCAUUUGCUGUUAACUUUCCCGGUCUCAAUGGCCUCGGCGUCUCACUGGUUCGUUCAGAUUUUUCUGUUGGUGGAGUUGUCUCGAUUCACUCACACCGUGACGCUACAGAACUGGUCAUCCUUAUCGAAGGAACAGUUCUUGCCGGGUUCAUUGCCUCGAAUAACAAGCCUUAUGUGAAGAGUCUGAACAAGGGUGACACUAUGGUUUUUCCUCAAGGUUUGUUUCAUUUCCUAGUGAAUGUGGGUAAUACUCCAGCUCUUGCAUAUGCCAGCUUCAGUAGUGCAAACCCAGGUGUGCAGUUUUUGGAGACGGCUCUGUUUCAGAACAAUCUACCAACUGAAAUCAUAGCCAAGUCCACUUUACUAGACACCGUUCAGAUUCAGAAACUUAAGCGUCUUCUUGGGGGCACUAAUUAA